AUGAAUUCCUAUCUUCUCAACAGAGCCCUCGGUUCUAUUGCUCCCAACACAUUCCAUGUCGCCCAGACUACCCGACUAGUGCACAAUCUUGAGCCCGCGCCGGGGAUUCGAUUCUCAAAUCGCAAAACCGCCCUACGGCCCCAACUUCGAAAUGAUGCAGAUUUGGACGAGGAAUCGGAACCUACAGAAGAUGAGACGUUUGCACAUAAAGCUGGAGUAAAGUGUCUUGCGAUAGAUCAGUUUGAAGGCCGAUAUAUGGUAUCUGGAGGUGCCGAUCCCUCGAUACACCUCUGGGACCUAGAAAGCAGAGGAUCAGAACUUGACCACAUUCACCGGUCAUGCGCAUCGAUUAGCAAGUCGUCCCAUCCGGAUGCGCAUACCCAUGCGAUUACUUCUCUAUCCAUAUAUCCCUUCGAUCCCGAACCGUCGACGAUCUUCUCCACGGCCCACGAUGGUUCAUUGAAGCUCUCAGCACUACAGUCCCCAGCCAUUACACCGGUACAUACCUUCAAGCUCGAUUGCACACCUUAUGCACACUCGUUCUCCUCUCAACCCGGCUCCACUCUGUUGGUUGCUGUCGCUACGUCCGAACGAGCUGUACGACUAGUUGAUCUGCGAUCGGGUCUCGCAGCCCACGGACUUCCAGGACACACUGGUGCUGUGUUAUCGGUGGAUUGGGCCCCGCACCGACCGUAUCUUCUCGCCUCGGGGUCAGUAGAUAACAAAGUGAUUAUCUUUGACGUUCGCCGUGGCGGUCAUAACUCGGCCAUUGCGAGCUUGGAUAUGGAUGAUCCCACGGGCUUGGUUGAUCCAGGCUCAACAGACUCGCCUUCAACGCCUCACGAGGCCAGGCCAGCUUUCUCACGGAACGCUCGUGCUCACAAUGGAGCUGUUACCGGUGUUCGGUGGACCUCCAAUGGUUCACAUCUAGUCACAGCAGGCCAAGAUUCGCGAAUCAGGGUUUGGGAUGCAGGGACUGGUGCAAACACUUUAGCUCAUUUUGGUCCUCGUGUCCGAAACUCAACCUCAUCGCAUUUAUCGGAGCGCGCUCCGCUUGUUAUUCCGAAAGGAACAAUGACGCCGGGUCACGAGACUCUUUUGUGGCCGAACUUCCACGAGCAAGAUGACCGCGGCGAGAUAUUCAUGUUUGAGCUUCGCGAGGGUACAUUUGUCAAACGAAUGAAAGUCCCGGGUCUGGCGACUGGUUAUCAAGGUCGUGUUAGAUCUAGUGCGCUGAGUGCUGCUCGCAUCAAUGAUUUAGUGUGGCGUGGGAAUGGAGCAUCUGGAGAAGGCUUGGAAUUAUUCUCUGCGCAUGGAGAUGGAACCAUUCGCACUUGGGUAUCUCGUGAACCUGAUGGAGAACCCACAGAAGCCGAGGAGACGGCGCUUAUAGAUCGCAAGAGAAAGCGAGAUGUUUUGGAUGAAAUCUAUCAGGGAUUUAUUGGGUCUGAAUCAACGAAUGUGUUCACUUGA